AAUCAGCGGGGUGCAGUGGGAACCAUGUGUACUGGGCGUCUACUCUGAAAUUUAAAGCAAGAGAAUGAUUCCUCCAAAGCUCACCUCGACCAAGUCCAACCUCCAGUAAGAUGUUGAAGCUCAUUCCAAUCACUACGCCCCUACGACAAUUUAAAGGUCAUGAACAUUGUAUAAUGGCAGGUGCAGUGUUCCCCGAUAAACGAUGGAUGAUUACGGGCUCGCACGACAAGACGGUUCGUUUGUGGGACUUGGAGACAGGUGUUAUGUUGAAGAAGAUGAAAGUGCAUCGCAGGGGGGUGUCGAGAUUGGCGGUAUCGCCAGAUGGGCAAUUGAUAGCAAGCGGUGAUCUGAAUGGAGAGGUCAUCGUCUGGCACAGAGAAUCUGGAGAAAUGCUCACCCAAGUGACCGAACCCAUCAAAGCUUACCCCGAAUGGAUUGCCUCGCUGGAAUUUUCUCCUGAUGGAACAAUGCUGGCCAUUUGUUCAAAAUACGCAAUAGCAAAACUAUGGAACACCAAAACUUGGACGGAGCUGUUAGGUAAACCAAUUGCAUGUGGUGAAGGUACCGGCUGCAUCCGGUAUUCGCCAACUGGAGAAUUUCUUGCUAUCGCAACAUUGAGCAUAGAAAUUUAUAAUUUAGGCACGAGGGAACUUGUCGCAUCCUUCAAGGGUCACACAUCGCAAAACUUCUCACUCGCAUGGUCGUCCGACGGCACACGCCUUCUCACAGGCGGCGAUAAGACUGAUCCUACCAUACGUGAAUGGGAUACAACAACCUGGCAGCAGGUUGGUGAUCCUUGGAAAGGCCACUCGGACUACAUCAAUCUCAUAGUCAUUAAUCCUGCUGGCACACUUCUCGCAUCAGUAUCUCCAUUUGAGAAUCAAGUCCGUCUCUGGCAAGUCUCAGAUCGACGAACCAUCGCCAUCUUCAAGCACUCAUCUGGGCCAGAAUGGGUCACUUUCUCCACGGAUGGCAAGCACAUCCUCAGUGGAGGUAACGAUCAGACAAUCUCACAGUGGGAAAUACCCAGCACCGGUAAUUCAAAGAUCUUAGACGUCACAACAGCCCGCGCUGCAUGCAUAGAUGGAGACUUGUCAACUGCCCAAGCACUACUCACACAUGAUAUAAAUACAAAUAGGAAUAACCAUACUUCCUAUGCUCAUCGCUCAUUUGUUAUGGCGCGAAAACACGACUGGGACCACGCCGUUCAGGAUGCUAUCAUGUCCAUUAGUAUUCAGCCCUCGUUGAUAGGUUUUAUCUCCAAGGGUAUUGCCCUAUGCGGAAAAGGUCACGUCCGGGAUGCGAGGGCAGCAUUUGAUGUUGCGUCCAUGUAUGCGGAUCAAGAUUCAGAAACUGUUCAUUUUCUGCUCUUGAUCAAGGCCAUUGCACUGUUCAAUGCCGAUCGACACGACGAGGCAUGCCUGCUCCUCAAAGAGCUCGCUACUGGUUGUCCGAAUGCCGAUACUCGCGCGUGUCGUAUCGUGGAAGCAUAUCUACGUGUUCAACUUGAAAUAAAAGCCUUGAAUGGCGCGCGUUACGGCGAAGCCGCUGACAAUUUCACUGCCGCUGUCAACUCCACCACUUCAUCGUCAAAAUUAAACAUUCAUGAAAUAUAUGAAGACUUGGUCGUGCUCUUCGGCUGGGAUUUCAAAUCUUUGUGGCUGACUACACAACAAAAUCGGUGUAAUGCACUCCUUCAGGCAGGUAAAUUUCAAGAUGCCGUAAAAUCAUACCGGUCCAUGAUGUGUUUGAGGGACAAAAAUGCCGUGGCUAACUACCUCGACUGGUCCAAUGCUUUCACAGAAGAAUGCAGCGCACUCUGUAUUACCAACGGAGAUGCUGCUUUCGCUGCAGGAAAGUAUGGUAUGGCUAUUGACUUGUACUCAGCAGCGAUCGACUUGGAUUCUGCAUCCGAUAUCGUGUUUGCAAAUCGCAGUAAGGCAAUGCUGGGAAAAAUGUUGUGGGAGGAUGCGCUUCUCGACGCGCAAAAGGUCACCGAACUCAAUCCUUCGUCUCACGUUGGAUACCAGUUGACACAUGAGGCGUUGCGUGGCGCGAAACGUUAUGACGAAGCAAUCGAGGCAUUCGCAAUGAUGCUGUCCAAGUUAGACGAUGCUCCUGAAGCGGAUAUACGCAGUCUGCGUCAGCAGUAUGUCUCUCUUUCAGAGGCAGAAGACGCUAUUCGAAGAGCAGUUUUGAUUGAACUCGAAAAUGCCCCCCUUCGUCUGCUCAACACCUCUACGGGUCUUUUGUGUGAUCGAGCAGCACAGCUGAACUCAUUCAAAAUGAGUCCGGAUUACAACGAACUUAUAUCAUUUUCGACAAAAGACUCGAACGUCCGAACGGAGCGCAUCAAAGACGUAGUGACGACAUACUUCCGCUGCGUCCUGCUAUCACACAGGUGGGAAGAGACGGAGGUACUGCUGCACGACAUCCAAGACAAAGCCGUGCACGAGUUAAAUGGACUUGGUGGCAUCGCGAAACUGCAGUCGUUCUGCAAAAUCGUUCGUGAUGCUGGAUAUCACUGGGCAUGGAUGGACACGUGCUGCAUCGACAAGAAGAGCAAUAUUACCGAGCUCCAAGAAUCGGUCAACUCCAUGUUCGUCUGGUACCGCCACUCAGCGCUUACGAUCGUCUACCUGUGCGAUGUCCUUCCUUCGUCCCAGCCUGGUGCACUGGCGAGCAGUGUUUGGAACCAGCGAGGAUGGACCUUCCAAGAAUUAGUUGCUUCGAAAGUUGUUAUAUUUUAUCAGAAGGAUUGGUCGUUAUACCUGGGCGACCUCUCUCCUAACCACAAAGAGUCCCCUGCAAUAAUAAAGGAGUUGGAGUGUGCGACGGGAAUAGAUGCACGGGCCCUGGUGAACUUCACUCCAGGUAUGAGCGGUGCUCGAGAGAAACUGCGAUGGGCAUCGAAGCGCGUCACCACUCUGCAGGAAGACAUUGCGUACUCAUUAUUUGGUAUCUUCGGCAUCAACCUACCUGUUAUUUAUGGUGAGAAGAAGCAGAACGCGCUCGGGCGGCUCCUACAGGAGAUCGUAGCUCGAUCAGGCGACAUCACUGUCCUCGACUGGAUUGGGCAACCUUCCACGUUUAAUAGCUGUCUUCCAGCCCACAUUUCCUCUUACACCAUUCCUCCAUGUGCCCUUUCAUCUUUGUCUGAAGAUGAUAUUCACACGCAGGUCUCUUCGCUGCGAAAAAAUCCUGUGACUGUUGAUCUGGCGUUGAAGCUUUACAACCAGCUUGAUUACACAAGCGCUGCUCGUUUCGCGAACUGCAGGCUGCAUCUGCCUUGCAUGGCAUUCCGUGUCACAGAAGUUAGUCUGAGCUACAGUCCAUCCCAGGAGACUCGAUAUACAGUCAAGGCAGACGGGCUUCGUGACCUGCUGAUCACCACCAAAGAACCAAAUAUUCAGUUCUCACGGACAAAACCCAUCCAACAAACCUUCGUGCUUGUCCGUCCCUGGAAUCGGUCUCUCCUCGAGCUACCAGACUUUACAAAUCUGCUAGACGAUAUGGAGAGCGAGCAAGAGAUGGCUGACCUAGCAUUGCGGUUACUUGUUCGCCUUGGGCAGCCUUUUGGCGCCCUUUUGCUAGCGCGGCAGCGCGGCGGAGAAUUCAAUAGGAUCGCGUCGGAUCGCGAUAUCAUUGCACAGGUCAAAGAUGUGUCUUCUGUUCGAGACCUGAUGGACUCCAUCAGGACGAUAGAAAUAUUGUAGAUGCAUAUAUUUUCCCGUAGAUGUGAGAUCUGAGCGGUUUUCAUUGGACUUCGUAUGUGAUACUACAUGCAUGUGUAUUGGACUAUAGUUUCCUUUCAAAUAAGACCAUGGAAACCUAUUUGCAGCAAGUUGACAGCCGUUUUCUUUUGUUCGGCAUGAACCGAGUGAUUCCACCGACAGACGAGGGUAC